AUGGAAAACUCGUCUGAAACUAACUUGUUUCUGUCCAAAAUAUCAAAAGAGAAUGACUUUCUUUUGGGAACCAUCUACAGCAUAUUUGGUGUGCUGUCUGUGUUAGGAAACACUACUUUGUUGUUUGUGGCCUAUCGUAAGAAGUCAUCUCUUAAGCCAGCAGAGUUUUUUAUCAUCAAUCUGUCCAUCAGUGAUUUGGGCAUGACAAUAUUCCUCUUCCCCUUCGCUAUUCCCUCUGCUUUCGCUCACAGGUGGUUGUUCACGGAGGUGAUGUGUAUGUGCUAUGCAUUCUGUGGAGUUCUGUUUGGUCUCUGCAGUCUCAGUAACUUGACUGUGCUCUCCUGUGUGUGCUGGCUCAAAGUCUGCUGCCCCAACUAUGGAAAUAAAUUUUCCCCAUCUCACGCAUUUUUGCUGGUGGUGGGGGUGUGGUGUUACGCUGCUGUGUUUGCAGUUGGGCCGCUCUCAGGCUGGGGUCAGUACGGGUCAGAGCCAUAUGGUACCGCCUGCUGCAUCGACUGGCAUGCACCCAGCUACAGCACACCUGCCAUGAUCUACAUCAUCUUCCUCUUCUUCUUCUGCUACAUUGUGCCCUGCACCAUCAUCUUCCUCUCUUACACACUCAUAUUUGUGACAGUACGGGAGUCCCAGCAUGCAGUGCAGCAGCACAUCUCUCCUCAAAACAAGAUCUCCAAUGUGCAGACACUUAUUGUCAAGCUAUCGGUUGCAGUAUGUAUAGGAUUCCUGAUGGCAUGGAGCCCGUAUGCUGUGGUGUCCAUGUGGGCGGCUUUCGGUGAGCCAGACUUGGUUCCUCCAAUAGCGUUUGCUCUGGCAGCCAUGUUCGCCAAGUCAUCCACCCUCUACAACCCAGUGGUCUGCCUCGUGUUUAAGCCCAGCUUCCGCAAGUCCCUGUGCAGGGAUGCCACAAAGUUCAGGAGGACAAUGUGUCCAUGCAUGUGCCAGACAAAGAGUCAACCAAAAGAAGCCACAAAUCUACCGAAACUGAAAACAAAGGAGGAGUGUAACUACACAUGGGCAUCUACCGCGCUGCAUGAGAGCCACCAGUCCAGCAGACACAGUCCAAAGUGCAGGAUGGGACAUUACCUGGACAUCACACCCCAAAGGACAGCUCGCAUCCUCACUGGCUCAACACACAGCGAGGUGGUGGUCAGUCAGCUCUCCAAUGAGAUGCAUAGCGACUUCCUGUAG